AUGGAUGGGGGAAGAAAGUGGAGUUUCCACGGAAUUAAUACCUACCCAGUUGACGGAGUGUCAUCACGUGGAGAUAUUAGAUCGAGCCUUGCAACUAAUGUUGAUGAUUUCAAGAGAGCAUUGAAUGCUUUAGAGAUAGCUCAGCCACAAAAUGGAGAGAACCUUACUGCUGCUGGUUGGUUGAAAAGGCUGCCAUAUCACUUGUGGUCUAGAGCACAUUAUGGAAUAGCUGCUAAGACUGAUUUUUCAGUCAACAACCUGAAUGAGAGUUUCAACAACUACAUUUUAAAAGCAAGAGACGAGCCAAUUAGACAAGGCGUAGAGAAAUAUGGAGGCAGAUUGUGUCCAAACAUUCUUGAGAAGCUAGCCAAAAGUGUAGAGAAGAGCAGACAUUGUAUUGCUGUAUUUGAUGGUAUUGAAUCAUUUGAGGUUGAUGGUUUCAACAGAACCUCUGUUGUGAACUUGCAACGUAGAAGCUGUUCAUGUGGUGCAUUCCAGUUGACUGGAAUUCCAUGUGUGCAUGCUAUUGCUGCCAUUCCAAACAUGGGGAUGAAGGUUGAAAACUAUGUUGAUGAGUGCUAUAGUAAAAAGGCAUACUUGAGGGCAUAUGCUUAUAGCAUUGGAGCUAUUCCAUCCAAAGAACACUGGAUUGAUAGUGGAAUGCAGCUGUUAAAUCCACCAUUUGUGAAGAAACAACCUGGGAGAACUAAAAAACUUAGGAGAAGAGGUCCUGAUGAAUCGAGAGAUCCACAAAGAGCUUCCAAAAAGGGAUUGACAGUAUACUGUAAGAGAUGUUUAAAAGCUGACCAUAAUAGGAGAACUUGUAAGGAACCUCCUUAUCCUAAAUCCAAGUUGUACAAGAAGCACCGAGACCAUUCAUACCUUAGAUCUGUCAAACCUCCUCCAAAAUUUGCAGAAGUGGACAUGGCGACUUCGAUAUAG